AUGAGCAAUGCACUAGAUCAGUCGCUCGAUCUAUUAACCAAACGCCUCUUACAAGCACGUGCACAACUACGACGCGCAAAACGAAACGCUGACAAGAAACGUGAACUGCUUGUGGACGCGGGGAACGUGUUGGAAUAUGAGCUCAAAGACGCGUUCUCAAUGGAAACUAUGCCACAGAAAAAGAGAAUACGCAUUUUACCGCCGCCUGGAUUGCUUCCCCUAAUAAACCCCCGUGAUACCGAGAACGGACAUGGUGCUACGUCGUCGGCCGCAAUACAACAUGCAGAAGCAGCAGCAGCUGAAGAAGAGAAAGACAACAGCAAGGACGAAGAAUGUUGUUUUCUAAUUCACUCCUGCAUGGGCUGGAUCCGAGGAACCCUUCACGAUAGAGUUUGGGUGUGUCUCAAUGCUGAAAACACCUCUUCUACCGUCACGCUGAAUGGUGUGCAUCUGGUCCUUGCACCGGACAACGUAUUACCUAAGCUUGUGGCGCGGAACACCCAAAGCACCAUUGCUCCUGGCCAGUCUGUAGAGUUAUAUGCGGCAUUCACCCUGACGGACGAUGUAUUUUACUCUCAACUUGAACAUACAUUGGCUGCUGCAAUUCAUUAUACCAAGCAGGAUAGCAAUGCUGACAACAACGACGGCGACGGCAAUGAAACAUCGAUCGACACCGCAACAACAACAGACUAUUGCAGGAUCCGGUGGAUGCUUGGCUCUGACGAUGGUAUCUGUCGGAUCCAGGCUCCCACUAAACUAGAUCGAGCAUUGUCGAUCUUUUACCCGUCGCAUGCAAACGUAGCUCUACCCUCAGCAGCACACGAUGCCGGUGGCAUGGAUCAAAUAGGCGGCUUGCUUGGCAUGCAGCGUGCAGAGAACAUAAUUGAACGUCAAAUUUUUCAUACAGACAGCGAAGAUCUGGUGAUCGUCGCCGCUGCUGCUGCUGCUGCUGCUGCUGCUAAUGAGGAUCGCUAUUUGAACAUUUAUGGCCUGACAGACCGUAUUGUGGCCCUGUGUGUCACCAAACUGACGCACAGUGGCAUGGUUGAGAGCGUGAAAUAUGCACCGCCAAAAGCAUCCUCGAGCAACAGCGAUCUGCACAACUUUAUGGUGUCCUUGCAAGAUGAGCUUGGUUACCUCACCGUUAUGGACACGGAGGACAACGCAUCACCCCACGAUGAAAAGGCUCGAGGUCUUGUUGCUGCCCGCGGAAACACAGCCACCCUACUGAGUGUAUUGCUUGAAACACGUGGCAAAUGA